AUGACGGAAAAUUCCAGCAUAACCAACAUAGAAGAUGAUGAUCCCGUUAUUUUUGAGAUCGAUGUGUAUCUUAAUAAUGCAACAUUCAGUGAUAUAAUUACAGAUUUGGCCGAACCACCAAAUACAGUGGCUAUUGCCAAGGAAUUAUGCAGUAAACCCUUUAAUAACCUUCUAAUAUUACAAUAUCCACUGGAAGUUUCUACAUGUUCGGAUUCUGAUGAAGAAGGAGAGGAUAGUAAGUUUAUUUCGGCUCUUGCAAAAUCGAACGUUUCCGAUCGGCUCCCAUUGAAGUCACUGCAAGUUGGAGAGGUAGUCAAGAAUGAUGAUAUAAGUUACAAGAAAUCUUAUGGAUCAUCUUCGGUCAAUAAGGAUAACAGAUAUGCUGUAUGUCCACUGAUAAGGUUCGACUAUGAUUUGGGAUCACCUUAUCUAUUCAAUCAUAAAUCUGCGACGUUUAAAAGGGUCUCAAAGUCCUUGAAACAAAUGAGUUCUGAUACUAGGUCUUCACCCAAGCUGGCACCUCUGUUUAAUAGCAAUGAAAGUUAUACUAAUCAAACCCUAACUUUUGAAUCCUCCAUCGCAACCAAUGAAUACGUUACAGAUUGUCUUGGAAUAUUAAAUGUUAAAGAGACCGAACAUGGCCUCGAAAGAUCUUUACAUGUUCUUCCGGUAAAAGGGAUUAUCCAAAUGAGACCAAAACUUAGCUCACUUGCUGAUGGAGUAGUUGCAGCAGAUGAUGACCUAACAAACUUGUUUUAUAAUAAGGAUGUUAGGUGGAAAGAUGUUAAUAGAAUUUAUUAUCCUGAUUCAGCUGAAUCUAGGGAGUUGCUGGAUGUAUUUUCAACAAAUGAUGAUUAUCCCAUAAAAUUUAUGGAUGACAGAAGUAUGUAUAUUAAUUCAAUAUGUUCAUCAAAGACUAACAAAUCGCCAUUUUCUCAGACUCCUUCUGGUGGCUUGAACUUGACAUUUUCGACACAUUCAUCCGCUAUUCAGAGUGGAAAUCAGGUACAAAUGUAUUCACAUACACACCAUUUAACACCAAACAUGAGGUUCAUGAGUACCUUGGACGUAGAAAUGCAGUUGAAAUUGCUGCUAUCUCAGAGGCACAUUGAUUCCUUUUAUUCUUUAAAGAGGGAUAUCAUUUGUGGUGAUAUGGAUGAGAUUGCAAUAAUCGAUUUAUUGAAGAAAUUUGCUAAAAGUAUCGAUGGCAACUGGAUUUUAUCCUCAGAAUAUGCAAUUGAUAAUUAUACAGACGAAGAUGAUUGUGAUCCUAACGAAAGAAAAUACCUUGUAUGUUGUAGGGAUCUCAUGAUUGGCUUGUUAAGCAGAAAAAUAUCCCAGAAUCCAAUGUUUAAAGUUAACAGUUCAUUGGGAUCAUUUUCUACUGAAAUGUUUCAGAUUGCCACAAAGUUGCCUCCAAACAUGAUGAAUGAUUUAUUAUCCAAAUUUGCAAAACCUCAAGGGAAAAUUUGGAUUCUAAAGUUGGAUAGGGAUGAAAAAUUUUGUCAGAGAUAUCGCAAUAUUGUUGAAUACUAUCAAAGGUAUUGGGACGCUAGAAUUCAAGAAACGGCAAAUAUAUUGCAAAGCUAUAAGGGAGGUACUGAGUUUAGCACGAAUCGGAUGGUUAGAAAUUUUUGCAUUAAAUCUGCCAUAGUUAGUUUUAUUAAAAAUUCAAUGUGCACAUCUGAAGAAGUCGUUGACUAUUUGGAUUCAUUAGGUUAUUCUAAUACCUCUGAGGAAAAUUGUAAUUUUGAUUCUCUUCUAUCGCAGGUUGCUAUCCCUAUAGUGAAAGGUUUCAAAAAAUACUGGGUACUUAAACCAACGAAUGUUUCUCUUGAUAAAUUUAGAAUGGUCUUGCUAAACGGGGAUGGUUAUGAAUCAAGGCGUGGACUCUCUCUAAACGACGUUAAGAAAACUUUUGAAAGCAAGGGAAUACCUAAUUUUAUCACAAGAAGAAUUAUGAAAUCUACAGGGUAA